CUCUACCUCUUUUUGCAGAUCUAACAGUACAAUGUCAACUGGAAGGGUACGAACGAAAAAAAAAACCUGUUCUUCAGACCAGUCUCCAGACAACCUACCUCUGAGGAGUUCAGGAAGACAGGUAAAGAAGAAGGCAGCUGAAGCAGCAGAUGAUGAUGACGAAGCAUCGGAGAAGAAGUAUAGGAAGUGUGAAAAAGCUGGAUGCACUGCAGCAUGUCCGGUUUGCUUUGCCAGUGCAGCGGAAAGAUGUGCUAAAAAUGGGUAUACGUCUAGAUGGUAUCAUCUGUCCUGUGGGGAACACUUCUGCAAUGAAUGUUUUGACCACUAUUACCGAAGCCAUAAGGAUGGUUAUGAGAAAUAUACUGCCUGGAAAAGGAUUUGGACGAGUAAUGGUAAAAGUGAGCCCAGUCCAAAAGCCUUCAUGGCUGAUCAACAGCUUCCUUACUGGGUGCAGUGCACAAAGCCAGAAUGUGGUAAAUGGCGUCAGCUGACAAAGGAAAUCCAGCUGACACCGCAAAUAGCAAAAACAUACAGAUGUGGUAUGAAACUGAACAAUUCUACUAAGACUGAGGGCUCUGACCAGUGUUCAAUGCCUGAGGACUUGAGAGUGGCUGAAGUUUCAGACCAUUGGUGGUACUCCAUGCUCAUACUCCCUCCUUUGCUGAAAGACAGUGUGGCAGCUCCCUUUCUAGCUGCAUAUUAUCCAGACUGCGUGGGCAUGAGUCCAUCCUGUACCAGCACUAAUCGGUUACCUGGUGAAUCCAACAUUGUGAAGUUAGAGCACUUAAAGAGCGUGCCUAAUUUGACUGUUGCAGGAAUGAACAAAUAUUUCCAGCCCUUUUACCAGCCCAAUGAAUGUGGCAAAGCACUUUGUGUGAGACCAGAUGUCAUGGAACUGGAUGAGCUCUAUGAGUUCCCAGAAUAUUCACGAGACCCUACCAUGUACUUGGCCUUAAGAAACCUGAUUUUGGCUCUGUGGUAUACCAACUGCAAGGAGGCUCUUACUCCUCAAAAAUGUAUUAAUCAUAUCAUUGUGCGGGGGCUCGUGCGUAUUCGCUGCGUACAGGAAAUGGAGAGGAUACUGUAUUUUAUGACAAGGAAAGGGCUAGUUAAUACAGGGAUCCUAUCAGUCAGUCCUGACCAGUAUCUCCUUCCUAAAGAGUACCAUAAUAAAUCAGUCAUCAUUGUUGGGGCUGGGGCAGCAGGAUUAGCAGCAGCUCGACAACUGCACAAUUUUGGAAUUAAGGUCAUUGUCCUGGAAGCUAAAGACAGGAUCGGUGGCCGAGUGUGGGAUGAUAAGACGUUCAAAGGAGUCACUGUUGGAAGAGGUGCCCAAAUAGUCAACGGAUGUGUCAACAACCCGAUGGCACUAAUGUGUGAGCAACUUGGCAUUAAAAUGCACAAACUAGGAGAGAGAUGUGACUUGAUUCAAGAAGGCGGAAGGAUAACAGAUCCCACUAUUGAUAAACGCAUGGAUUUCCAUUUCAAUGCCAUCCUGGACGUUGUCUCUGAGUGGAGAAAGGAUAAAACGCAGCACCACGAUGUCCCUCUCGGUGAGAAAAUACAAGAGAUCUAUAAAGCCUUUGUUCAGGAGUCUGGUAUCCAGUUCAGUGAGCUGGAAGAAAAAGUACUGCAGUUCCAUCUCAGUAACUUGGAGUAUGCCUGUGGCACCACUCUCUCUCAGGUAUCUGCACGCUCGUGGGACCACAAUGAAUUUUUUGCUCAGUUUGCUGGAGAUCACACGCUGCUAACUGUGGGAUAUUCUACUGUGAUCGAUACGUUGGCAGAAGGACUGGACAUCCGGCUGAACUUUCCAGUACACAGUAUAGACUACACUGGCGAGGAAGUACAGGUCACUACUGCAGAAGGGACAGUGUGGACAGCCCAAAAGGUGCUAGUCACUGUACCACUGGCCCUUCUUCAGAAAAAUGCUAUUCAAUUUAAUCCUCCACUGUCAGAAAAAAAAAUUAAAGCCAUUAAUAGUUUAGGAGCAGGAGUCAUUGAGAAGAUUGCCUUGCAAUUUCCUUACAGAUUUUGGGACAGCAAAAUUCAAGGAGCUGACUUUUUUGGUCAUGUGCCACCCAACUCUACCCAGCGUGGACUCUUUAGUGUUUUCUAUGACAUGGAUCCAGAGAGCAAACAAAGCAUUUUAAUGUCAGUGGUCACUGGGGAUGCUGUGACAACCAUUAAGAAUUUGGAUGACAAACAAGUCUUGCAGCAGUGCAUGACUGUGCUUCGAGAGCUCUUUAAGGAGCAGGAAGUUCCUGAUCCAGUGAAGUUCUUUGUUACUCGAUGGAGCCAAGACCCCUGGCUCCAAAUGGCAUACAGUUUUGUCAAAACGGGAGGCAGCGGUGAGGCUUAUGACAUUAUAGCUGAAGAUAUACAAGGCACAAUUUUCUUUGCUGGUGAGGCCACAAAUAGACACUUUCCUCAGACCGUUACGGGAGCUUACUUGAGUGGGGUUCGAGAAGCGAGCAAAAUAGCAGCGUUCUAAGUAUUGACAUUUUGUGUUUAUAGAUAUAUUUUUGAUUUCUGUGAGCAAAAUUAUCAAGUUUCCUAUUUUCUACUUUUUCCUAAGUGGUACUUAAACAGUAUAUGGUACCUGAAGAUAAAAUCUUC